CAACCAUUGCUAAAAGUGGUUCAAGAACUGGACCCACUUAUUAUGACCCAGGUCACACUAUUCACCACUUCGAGGCUCUAAUUAAACAUACCCAUCCUUUUAUAUUGGCAAUCAUAUAAAAACGUACAUUAUGUGCAGUCACAUUUUACAAAUAUAUAUGGUGACUUUACAUAAAGAUGAGCUAAGCCAUGUGAGCCAGAUGGAUGACGGGAGGGCCCAACAGCCCAUAACUUUUGGGUUUUUUUAAGUGAGAGAUAUCUCAUCUUGCUGUUAUUUUAACAUUCAUGUCAUUUUUAUCUGGAAACUGCAUGCUUUAAGUUUGCUACUAUAAAUAGAAACUUCUUCUCCUCCUUGUCUAUCAAGUCACUUGCUUCAAAGAUUUUUUUUUCAUCCACAAAAUUGUUAACGUUUCAUUUAAAAACAAAUAAGAAGAUGGGUUUAGUGCGGUCCAUGCUUCCAAAUGCAAAGCAAAUCUUCAAAUCACAAUCUAUGAGGAACAAGAACGGUUCACCAUCAUCAACAACAGCUUCAGGGCUUGUUCCUAAAGGUCACGUAGCGGUUUACGUUGGCGAAAGAACGGAGAAGACGAGGUUUGUGGUUCCGAUAUCAUACUUGAACCAUCCUUUGUUCAGAGAGUUUCUUAAUCGCGCAGAGGAAGAGUUUGGAUUUCAUCAUCCAAUGGGCGGUUUGACGAUUCCUUGUCGAGAAGAAGCGUUUCUUCAUCUCAUUACUUCUCAGCAGCUGCAUUGAGGAACGCAUUGAUUAAUUAAUAGUUUUAGUAGGGUUUUGAUGAAUCUUUUUUUUUGUUGUAGAAAUGAAUCUUUUUGUUGUUGUUCUAUCUGAGAAUUAUAUGAAAUUUAGUGUGUGUGUGUAUGACACGUUAAAAGUUUGUGUUUCGAAAUAAGAUUUUAAUCGUUGUGCAAGUAUUCAUA